UUCCUCUCCCAUCCUCGUCACUUCGUCGCCUCGUCGUCCACCUCACCCACCUACCGCUCCCCCAUCUGCGUCGACGGCUGACCACCACCCCUUCCCAUUCUUGGACACCCUACUCAUUGCACACAACCCACGUCUAAGCCCCUACUAAGCUAGAAACACUGCUUCUUGACUUGACCAGUUAAUAUCCUCAUCUGCCAUGAGCGGCUACAACGGAGGAGGAGGAGGAGGCUACCCACCCCGCCCGCCCCCGUACGCCAACAACUCGUACAGCGACAACAGGCCAAAGUUUCCGCCCUUCCCACCCCCAGCAGGCAACUUUCCUCCGUUCCCCCCAUCGGCCGGGUUCAGCGGCGGCCCUCCACCACCGCCACCUACACUCCCCACUUUCCACAACCACUCGCCGUACGACGAGUACAACCCCAGCGGACCAGCACUGCCGCCACCUCCUGGAAACUACCCCUACGACCAGCCGCGCAAGUCGCUCGACCAGGACGUGUACGAUCCAUACCAGUCUGCCUACGACCCGGGCGCACCGCAGAUCCGCAGCAGCGCGCCCUCGCAGCCCUCGUACUCGGCGCCAAAACACUCGCUUCCCUCCCACCCGCUCCCGCCACCCCCGCAUAGGCCCGCUCCGCGUGUCGGCGGCAGCGGCGGCGGCGGCGAAGCCCAUGACCUGCCCCUGCUCACGCCUGCAACCACAGUCAACAUUGGCAGCUAUACCGCCACGGUUCACGAGCUCCCGCCAAGUCACCUCCCGAUUACGAAGUACGUAGCCGUCAACCCCAACGACGCGAUCGACAUCCACAGGGCCAUCUGCCAGACGGAAAUGACGCCGUCGGUGUGGUACUCGGACGGCUCGAACCGCGGCGGUGAGGGCUGGGCCGCGGGCGUCGAGUGGGUCAUCGACUCUGGCAUGUCCGGCGCAAAGCUCAGAACCUGUGUUGGCAUGACCGACUCUCUCGGGACCGAACUCGGUGGCAUGAUCAAGGCGGUGGAAGGCUUUGCCGAGCAGCUCAAGAGCUCGAUCCGGACACAAAAACCAAUGUCACACGAGUUUGUUCUGUUCACCAACUCGCCUGCGGCUAUCGUGAGCAUCGAUACGUCGUCUCGUCCCGAGAGCAUCAAGUUUUGCGCCUUGUGGCGCGAGCUCUGCUCCGACUUCCUCAAGGCCCACAUGACGAUUGCCUACCUCCCAAAGAACAGUGAGGUUGAGGGCUUGACGCUGGCCGAGAAGAUUUCCACGGUGGCGGCGUCGAACAGCUUCCUCCGCCGUCGCAAGGAGCGCACCAUCGACGAGAUCUACAACCGUCCCGGUGGUGGCGAGCCAGCACCUGGCGGCAGCACAGAAGCGGGGCCUUGGCAGAGAGGCGACGCCGACCCUUCGCGUUACAAGUCUCCAUUCAACCGCCCCAAGCCUUUACCAUCACCGGCUCCUACACUGCCCCCUGCGGCCCAGUCACCAGCGCCCCCUGCGGCUGCCGAGCAUGAGCCUGAGGACGAGGGGAUUCAGCCGCGUGCUGGAGCCCUCUGUGUCACCAACUUCCCUGAUGAUGUCUCUGCAAAGGACCUCGGCAUCCUGUUUGCCCAGUUUGGCGAGAUCCUCUCCGUCGACAUCUUCUCCAUUCCCCCUGUCAAGCCACGGUUUGCCUUUGUUGCCUACGACGACCCCGCCGUUUCUGGCGCUGCCGCUGUCGCCGCCCUGCACCGCAGACCUCUCCGUCUCGACACGCCCUUCGCCAUUGAGAAUGCGCCGGAUCUCGUCAUCUGGAAGGGAUGGUCUGGCGUUCUGACUGUGGUGGAAUCUGACGCUGACCGGCUCGUGCCGCUGAGCGUCGCGCAAGACCUGCCUGACCUCCCCGACUAUGCCAUCGGCGGACGUCGGGCUAAUGAACGCUCAAAGUCUGACGCAAACCGCAAGCGCGAGCGCACGGUCGAGGAGCGCCCAGAUGCCAAGCCCUUUGCUUCACCCCCCGCGUCAUCAGCGGUUUCAACGCCGUCACCGAAGAAGCGCCGCCGCUCGGAUCUGCCUUCUGACACCGCUGAAAGCACACCCAUUGAACAGUCGUUACCCUCUCACGACUCUCACUUCGCUGCUCGACCCAACGAAAGCGCGGACGCAAGUUCCGGCGCUACUACCGCGGCGAAUGCGGACCGCACCCAAGCCACGACGCCACCGACAGGCCAGGGAUCCAGGCUUCUCAAUUCUCAUCCCCCUCACCCACUUCCCCCUACUCCUCUGACCGCCCAACAUGAUCAAGAGUCCGCGUUCGCACCCAAGCCAUCACCGCCCGAGACAAAGCCCUUGGCCGGCACAGAGGUGGCGCCUGCGCCGGCGGCGACGGCCGUGGGCACAGACGAGCCGGCGGCGUCCAACUCGGCGGUCACUGCACCUCAAGAGGUGGUCCCUGUCAAGCUGAGCCACAAGACGGUCGAGGCCCAGAUCAACCUCGUGAAGAACGUCUUUGUCAAGCAUGACCAGUCCAAUUGGAUCGCCCACACGUGCCUUGUUGCGACAGAUCUCGACCAAGCCCGCCGCCAUUUGCAGGAUGACCUGUACGCCACCGAUGAGGCCCUAAUCUCUGGACGCGAACUUGAGAAAACCCUGCACGCACGGGGAUUUACCUCGGCAAGGAUUGACCCCCUUGUCAAGAAGGUUCUCAAGGUGCUGGAUGGGAUUGCGAUGGAGGACGAGCUCGAGAGUGGCGGGCCUGGGCCGAGCGCUGCCAGCGACGCACCACCUGUUGCCCGCGAGGGUGAGUUGGCCGAGCUUCUCGCGCCGUACCCCGAGCAGACGCGCGAGGCGAUGGCUGCUGCUGGCAAGGUGCUCGAGUACCUCAACCUGGGCAAGGAUGAGCAGGAGAAGAAGCGCCUGGAUGUUGAGCGCCGUGUCAAGGUGCUCGAGGGUAUGGUGAAGAAGGGGGAGCAGGUUAGCAGUAUUGUGCGUUACCUAUUGACAGAGGACAAGUGAGACGGAGUGUGGCGUCUGGGGAGGGAGGCUAAAAGUGGGCUCGAGCGGGCAAGACACUGCC